AUGCUAGCUCUAAACAUCAAGGUUUGACAUUGUAAUUGGAAUAGCUUUGCACCAACGGUACAAGAAAAACAAAAAUACAUAAAUAAAGUUAUGCAUGUGCUUACCCAGUUAUGCCAGGAUUCAUCUUUAUAAUAAACCACCAUGAUGAUUCUUGUUGGUAAUAUCUGGAACAUGACAUCAUGACAACUCGCCAGGAAGAUAGCCAGCGCACCAGUGUUACACACUAAAUGAGACCACUUUAAUAAUUAAAUCACUAUGCUGCUCCCAGAUCAAGAACCUUGAUUGGCAGCAUAUGGAAAACAAAGUUUCCACGAUUCCUUUUGUCUACCAUCGAAACCGAUGUGGCCUCAUAUACAUCUUCUGUAUAUAUAGGUCUCGAGAGAAGGCUACACAUAGACAUCAAACCAACAAGCAACAAUUUCCCUUUCAUUAGUUCUAGCCCAACACAGAGAUUAGUUUCAGAAACAGAUAUGUCUUUUGCUCUAAGAUCGAUAAGCUUGCCAUCUAGGCAUCACACCAGAGAGGCGGAAGUACAAGAAGAUCUGGACAGCCUAGAGACAAGCAUCUCAUCAUCCAUUACCAUCAAGACGAUGUGUGAUGGUUUGAGGAGGCUUGGUGACAUCUACUGUGAUGUUGAGGAGAUCAUCCAGUUGCCAAGCAACCAGGUUUGCUCCUCACAGCACAGGAAGAUGCUGGAUGGAGAGAUGGAAUGUUCUCUCCAGCUGCUGGAUCUCUGCAACACCAUGCAACAGAUCUUCGUCGAGCUGAAGGCCAUCAUCCAAGAACUGCAAUUGGCUCUAAGAAAAGGAGAAGACGCAACUAUCCAAGCCAGGAUCCUGUCUUAUAUCCAAUUGCUGAAGAAGGCUGGAAAACAUUUCAAGAAAUCUACCACAAAGAAGACGUCUGACAAGAUGGACUGCGGGAUGGUCAGUCUACUGACCAAGGCCAGGGAGAUGGCUCUCUCUCUACAUGAGUCCACAGUGCACCUCUUGUCAAAAAAAAUCGAAGCACCUAAACAGUCCCUUAUUUCCAAGGCAUUUCACAAGAAGAAAGUUGUUGUUUGCGAGGAGCAAUUGCAGGACUUAGAGUGCAGUAUGGGAGAUCUUGAGAGUGGAGCAGGACAUCUGUUCCGGAGAUUGAUUCAGAGCAGAGUUUCUCUCCUAAACAUUCUUAGCUCAUAGAUCUCCAAGAGCCUUGUCACUCACAAUAUCCUGUGAUUAGCAUCCGAUUUUUAGAGGACUAGCUGAUCUCAUAUUUUGCCUGAUAUGUAUAUAUAAUACAGAUGUACAGAAAAUUACAGAUGCAAUUCCAAAAUUUUGAUAUAUUUCAA